AUGACGACGCCAUCAAUUCGCAUUCCUUUCACCGGCCCGUUGCCUCCGCCGAUUAUCGUUCCUCCGUCCGCGCGCACCGUCUCCGGGGCCGUUGAUGCUCUCUUGUCCUUCUUCGCCGCACCACCGUCGCCAUAUCUCCGCGGGGUUGAUGUGGGAAGACAUUCGCAGGCGGUGCUGUUGACGGGUGCGGGAAUAUCGGUAGCUUCUGGCUUGUCCGACUAUCGGGGCGAGAACGGCACGUACAUCACAAAUCGAACCUAUCGACCAAUCUACUUCCAUGAGUUCCUGACGCGGCAUGAAUCUCGCAAGAGGUACUGGGCCCGAAGUUUCAUCGGGUGGCCAGGCCUGGUAAAAGCGAAGCCGAACUCAACGCACUGGGCCAUUCGAGAUCUGAGCGCCAAAGGCUACAUCAGUUCUGUCGUCACGCAGAACGUCGAUUCCUUCCAUUCCGCGGCCCAUCCGGACCUCGCCACGGUGGAACUCCAUGGCUACUUGAGAUCGGUGGUUUGCACGAGCUGCCGGAACCAGUUCUCCCGUUCCGAGUUUCAAGAGUCGCUGCAGAGGCUCAACCCGGCCUGGGCGGAGUUUCUAGCCCGGAUGGUCGACACUGGGGCACUCGACACGGACAACCCGGAAGAAAGACGACGCAGAGGCCUGAAGCUCAAUCCGGACGGCGACGUGGACUUGGCCGAAGCCCCAUAUUCCACAUUCAGGUAUCCGUCUUGCCCAACGUGUCUAGAAAAACCGCCGGUACAGGCGGAUGGAACCGUGGGCAGAGUGGAUGUCGAAAGCGACGGCGCUUGGCUACCCUCGUCCACCGCCGGAAUCCUCAAGCCGGCGGUGAUCAUGUUCGGAGAGAACAUCGAUCCGGUGGUGAAGGCGACUGCAGAAGAAGCGAUCGAUGAUGCCGGCCGGCUACUUGUUAUCGGUAGUAGCCUCGCCACCUUUUCGGCGUGGCGGCUGGUGGAAAGGGCGUAUCGGAGAGGCAUGCCCAUCGGGAUUAUCAAUCUGGGGGGAGUGCGGAAUGAGUCCGUGCUUUUUGGGGCAGGAGAGCAAGACCAUCCGGUCGGAUCCACCUACAUUCGCUGCAGCCUCAGUUCUGAGUCGGUGUUGCCCUCCGUCGCGUCUCAGUUGCCAUCACUUGGGCGCUUAUAG